GAUGCCUACAGAUGAGGGAAGUAAAAUCAAUCGCGCGUAGAGCUGCGUAGAGGAUGUGCGGACCAACUAACAUUCGCGAAUAUGGUCGUGACAAUGAAGAAAGGGUGAGUUAAGAGCGAAGCCCUGUCAAAAGAUGCGAGCAUGAGUAGAUUUUGCUUGAACUUGCAAUAGGUUAAGAUUGAAGAGAGAAGUUGAACCAGAAAAUAAUCAUAUUGAACACUGAACCAGAGUUGGUUGAACGUACUGAAUUGAUAUCCCGGAAGGUCCGAAGCGCUUUUCUAUUUAGGGACCGGCCGUGUAAUCUCCUUCCGACGAAUUCCUAUUCAAGAUCCGGAACAAGCCGGCUGUCUUCAGCGCUUUCACUCAGAAUCAGCCUGCUUCCGAAGUUACAGUGUCGGUAACAUCAGAUUAACACUCUUCUGAAUUCUCCUGUCCAUUUUCAGUGUUUCACAUCGCGAAAUGUACUCUGCCGGAACCGCUAUUAUUGACUGCUCGACUGAGUUUUCCAAACUCGACAUUGAAAUCUUCCUUUUUCCUGCACUCAAGACAGGAUUCAUCUAUGGAGAUAAUGCAGGCGGUUCCCAGGUCGCUGUGAAUGUAGCUGAUAGAAUCUACGAAUAUCUCUUGAACUCCAAUGCGCAAUUUGGUGCAGACUACUCCGUAUCUGCGGAAAGUACUCGUCGAGUAAUGGAGGAGGCCCCUGAUGCGGCAACAAAACUUUUCAAUGCACACUCACCUGACGAAAUUGUUUUCGGGGCUAGCUCAACCAUUAACCUCGAGAAUCUGGCUCGAGGAUUGGAUAGCGACAUACAGGCUGGAGAUGAAUUCAUUCUUACUCUUGAACACGAAGCUAAUGUGGGCCCAUGGAAGAGACUGGCUGCUCGCCGUGGUGCAGUCCUCAAAUACUGGACCCCUACUCCUACGACUCCCAAUAACCCAUAUUCUGUAAAUUACAAAGUGGAAGAACUGCUCCCACUCAUCACUUCCAAGACCCGUAUUUUGGCUUUUGCAGCGUGCUCCAAUAUACUUGGGACGAUCCUUCCGAUCAAAGAUAUAGUUUACGCUGCUCGUAAUACGGCCAAAGAAAAAGGAUCGAAGAAGUUCGAAGUAUCCGUAGAUUGUGUAGCCUACGCCCCUCACCGUCUGAUCGAUGUACGCGAUUGGGAUGUCGACUUUUGUGUCUUUUCUUUCUACAAGGUCUAUGGGCCUCACAUAUCUGCACUAUACGUUCGAUUGUCAUCUCUGCUUGGAUCCGUUUCUGCGAUCACGCACCACUUCUUAAAGGUGGACCAUAAAUCUUACAAACUUCAGCCCGGUGGUCCGGGGUAUGAGCUUGUUUAUGGCACUACGGGUGUGCUGCCAUACCUACUUUCACUCACUCCAAGCAAUGAUCUUAAGGCCUCCUUUAACACCAUUGCUGCUCAUGAGCAGAAGCUACUACAGCCUUUGCUGGCGUUUUUGACAGCCCCCGAACAAAUUGAACGCGGUGUCAGGAUUGUUGGUGAAGAAAGUCCUGGUACCAAUCGGGUGCCUACCAUAUCUUUCGUUGUCGUCGGAGAGAAAGCCACCAAAAGUAGCGAUAUUGUCAAAGUCUUUGACAAGCAAGGAGGGAUCGGGAUUCGUUUCGGUCACUUCUACGCUUAUAGCCUUAUCGACCAACUACAACCCAAGAUCGAUGUUGAUGACGGAGUGGUCAGGAUAUCGCUGGUCCACUACAAUACGGUGAAGGAAGUAGAAAGGGUCGUCGAGAUCCUCAAGAAAGCUUUGGCAUAGGUUGUAGAACACAAUGAAAUAGCCAAUCCAGUGGGCCAAGGUGAUGUACUUGACAGAAAUCAAGUUGCAUACGCAUUCACGGUGACGAUAAAUCUCUGACUAUCGGAUAUAUCGCGAGCCAGGUGAACCUUGCUGAGUAGCAGCGAAUUAUUCAGCGCCAUUUAUGGCUAGCCAGCGGCGGCUUUCGACUACUAACACUACAGUUCAUUCCCUGUAACAAGAUAUCAAUGCAUGAGUCAGGGAUUGACUGGCUGCUCAAAUGCCUUUUACUCUAAGUGAUGUAUAACUUUACAAAUAUUCGUAUCCAGGCGUUCCUGAAAAUAAGGA